CACUACUGGAACAUGACGCUCAUGUUCAUAAGAAUAGUCGUGCUUGUAAUUGUGAGUUAUAUAUUGUUUCACGUGGAUUCUGCACCAUCAGUGGGUCGUGACACUCUAAAUAUUUUUGGAAAUCCUUUUAAAGAUUUUAUCAAAUCAAUUUCACAUAAAGAGGAAAAAGUGAAUGUCACUACGUUGAAACCAAACAACAUAGAAGCGGGUUCGAUGAUUAUUGCUCCUUUAAAUGUAGAAUCAGAAGCUUGUCGAAAUAAUAAAACAGAAAUGGACAUCAAUGGGGUAUGCAGAAUGAUAUGGAGUUAGAUUUUGAUGAGUACAUUGUAAUACUUGUUAUAAGGCGGCGUAGUAUGCUCUACGUAUUUCACUAAAAUGGACGCCAAGUGUGUCGUUUUUAUGAUGAUUGUGAUGCUAAGUGCGUGUUCGGUUGUAAGAAAUGAAAAAAACAUGGUGAUUUUUAAUUUUCGCGAUAAACUCCGUAUGGCCACGACUACCUCCACUACUACCGAAAGUACAAAAUCUAGUCAAGUGAUUAGAAUACCAGAUCUCGAAUGUCCAGAUGGAUCUAGACGUGAUGCUACGGGGACAUGUAGAUUGAGGUUUUAAAUUUAUAAGAUGCUGUCAUCAAUAGCUCUCCAAAGAACCGGAAGUAGCGUUUAAAGCAAGAAGAUAAAUUAAGUUGUAGUUUAUUUUAACUCUUAUCACAUUUACAUUAAAAUACAUAAAAAAAUAUCGAAAAUAAAAAGGUUGGAAAAACAA